CGAGAUUUCUCGAGAGCUUGAGGACGCUUCCUCCUUGUUGGAGAUUGGCUUCCUGGCCGGACUUUUUUUGUAUAUAUAUAUAUAUAUAUAUAUAUCUUACAUUUCUUGGGAUUGCAGGCAACCAUGGCACCCAAAAGAAGACCCGUCCCCUUGAUUAUAACUUCCACUGGAGAGGGACAGUCAACCAACAUUGAUGCAGCAGCAGAGGCCAACCUGGAGGCUUUGCAGAGGAAGUUGGGGGAGCUGGACUUGGAUGAACAGCAGAGGAAGCGUCUUGAAGCUUUCCUCACCCAGAAAGCUCAGGUGGGUGAGCUAAAAGAUGAAGAUUUUGACCCCAUAUGUGAACUUGGUGCUGGUAAUGGUGGAGUGGUCCACAAGGUCCGUCACAAACCCUCAAGACUGGUCAUGGCCAGGAAGCUUAUUCAUUUGGAAAUCAAACCAGCCAUCCGGAACCAGAUUAUACGAGAGCUGCAGGUUCUACAUGAGUGCAACUCACCGUACAUUGUAGGGUUUUAUGGCGCUUUCUAUAGCGAUGGAGAAAUUAGCAUCUGCAUGGAGCACAUGGAUGGAGGAUCGCUGGAUCAGGUGCUGAAGGAAGCCAAAAGAAUCCCUGAAGAAAUUCUGGGGAAAGUUAGCAUAGCUGUACUCAGAGGACUUGCAUAUCUUCGGGAGAAACACCAAAUAAUGCACAGAGACGUUAAGCCCUCCAACAUCCUGGUGAACUCGCGCGGUGAGAUCAAACUGUGCGACUUUGGCGUGAGUGGCCAGCUCAUCGACUCCAUGGCCAACUCCUUCGUUGGAACACGGUCGUACAUGUCGCCGGAGAGACUCCAGGGCACACACUAUUCGGUUCAGUCAGACGUGUGGAGCAUGGGCCUCUCUUUGGUUGAGCUAGCUAUUGGACGCUACCCCAUCCCCCCACCCGAUGCCAAGGAAUUGGAGGCCAUUUUUGGCCGGCCAGUACUGGAUGCAGGUGGGGCAGAAGGUCACAGCAUGUCUCCGAGACCCAGGCCUCCAGGACGACCAGUCAGUGGACACGGAAUGGACAGCAGGCCAGCAAUGGCUAUAUUUGAGCUACUGGACUACAUUGUCAAUGAGCCACCACCCAAGCUGCCCCAUGGCGUCUUUACCACUGACUUUGAAGAGUUUGUGACGAAAUGCCUCAUUAAGAACCCUGCUGACAGAGCUGACCUCAAGAUGCUAAUGGGCCACACGUUUAUCAAGCGGGCUGAGGUUGAGGAGGUGGAUUUUGCCGGAUGGUUGUGUAAAACCAUGGGCCUCCAUCAGCCCAGCACCCCCACUCAAAGUGCCGAAUGAAUGCUCGCUCACAGGGUAGCCACGCAUGCCAUCUUCACCGUCCGCUCUGCUCCUCUUUUCUCACAGGCCUGUAUGCUUGUAAGCAUCUGACACACUGCUGUGCACAACUUUAUCGUUCUCUGUUUGCUUUCCCCUUUUGCUGCAGUGCUUUCUGGGGGCAUUGUUUUAUAACGGAGCGUUUCUAAUGUUGGAACACUUAGUCAUUUGAAUGAAUAGGGAGAUUAGAGUCACAUAAGUGAAAUGGCUGUAUUUUUAAAGGCCAGAUUAUUUAGGAAUGUGUUCAAAAUGCUAAAGAUCAGCAGGGGUUUUUGUUCAUAUUACAGCUAUUUCAUUAAUUUAAUGACAUUUUUUUCAGGGUUGGUGUAUUCACAUUAUUAUGCUUUGUUGCUAAAGUGCUAUUCAUUGGCAGUUAUCAUUAAACUGUGUAAAAGGGAUAGCUUAAUUUAAUGGCAAGCAUUUAUGUGAGAAACAGCAGCAAGUGCACUAAGAAAUUUGAAACCAAAGAGGGCUACCGUGGAUCUUACAGGUUUGUUACAAAGUCAAUUCUAAAAAUGCAAGUUGACCAAAUCAGAAACAACCUAGGCGCAUGUGUACUGGUGUUUUGCUCUUGCAUUGUAGGCCAAGUAAUCUUUCACAACAACCAAUGCUCAUGCUGUAAGUUUGCACACACUAGUGGUUAAAAGAAACAUGCGACUAAUUGGAGUUCCUGGAUCAGAUGCCCUUUUUCCAGCUGCUGUGCCUGUGAGAAAGAUCAGAGGCUUAGUAUUCAUGAAAUUAUAUGCCCAAGUUUCUAGGGUGACAACUUGGUUCUUAUAUGUAUGGCUGUAUCACCUUUUUAGUUCCCUUAAUAUUGGCUCUCAAAAGCACUUUCAUCAUGUUUUUAUGCAGUAAUCUGUUAAUGUUCUUAAGUUUCUAAAAUCAUGGUGUUCUACUCUUAACCAAUGCUUGAACAGUUUUCUCAUGUCAAAAACCUUGUUUUUCAAUGCAGGAAUGAUUUUUGCAAGGGUACAUUUGGGGCGAAUUACGGUUUAACUUGUGCUUCAAUCUUCUAUUGUCCAAGAAACUUUUUUUCUUUCUUUUAUUUGUGCUUAAGUACAACAAGGGUUGCACUCCACUUUACAGUGCUUUUCCUAAGAGCCCGAUUAAUUUGAACACCGCUACUCCAGGUACAUUGAGACUGAACUUCAAAGUAAUAUCUCAUGCCACCAUGUACAGUGCUAUGCAGAUCAAAUGAACCUCAGCAUAUAUUGCCGUAUAAGUUGGUCUUAUAAAUACACAGGUGUUACAGAUGGGCAUUGUGAAGUGUGGCUAAAGCCCACUUUCUUUGGAUAGCUUGGUGUUUCUUUUUCAUUCUCUAUUAAUUUUCAGUAACAGUUUCAGUUAAACUGUGUUACUCGCACACUGGCAUUCAGCUCUGACCAAGUGAAUGCGUCACCACACUUGUGUGUAUAAAACUAUAUGUACAGUACACAUGGUACUGUUUUUUUUCAGUCUUAAAAAAAAGAUUAGCAUUUUAUGCAUAAUUUUUUUGUUUCUUUGUCUUGUGUAGAGAAGAGGAUAAGUCAUUUUAUUACCAUAUGGAAUGUGUUGAAUACAAUUCUAAUAUAAAAUAAAACUUAUUUGUG